AUGGAAGAGGGAGGAGGCAGGUGCACCCCGUCACUGUCGGGUUCUUUGCUGAAACUACAGCGGAAGGUUCUCGUUGACACCGUCAGUGUAGAUGGUGCUGAGCCACUCAGGCGCUCUAUCUCUAUUCCUGCUUCAAGGCUUGCGGAUGCACGCGAAAAUGCCGCAAAUGAUUUGCUUAAUGUGGGUCGAGUAAACAGAGCGCUGGUAACAAACCCGUCGUUUCCUGCUCAUGUGGCACGUGUAGAUGAAGUUCCAAAGAUCUCAACUUGUUCAGCACAAUCUUUUGCGGUUGCUGCACCUUUUCCGAACGAGACAGCGUUGCCGUGGCGGAUGCGUGCAUCGCUGCCUGUCACCAGCUCGCCUGCUGCAGAAAAGGCUGCUCGUAUGGAUGAGGUCAACACAAGCUCUGUGGCGUACCCAGGAGGUGCUGUUCUUCCAGCUCUCAUGACUAAAUUGUCUGACGUGGAGCGAAUUCUUUAUACAUUGCUGCCUCCUAGGCGCACCGUGUGUAAGGAGACAGGAAAUACAUUUAUGGAGUUUGUCUCUACGGAGCCGUCAUCUCGUAUAGAGGUGGCGGAGCUACAUGAGCAGUUGGUCAACCUGCUGAAGCAGCGACGUGCUCGGGAUAGUGGUAUAUGCCCGAUUAGACGUGAAAUUUAUGCAGAGGUCUUUGAUGAACUUAUUAGGCAGGUAACGCUGGAGGAGCCAACGCGAGGCAUUCUGCUGCUGCGUGUUCGUGAUGAGUUGUACCAGACCUUGGCAGCCCACCGUUCUCUCGUGGAGCGAGCCAUGUAUUUUGCCUCCAAGCAGCGGGAGGAGUCUGAUGAGGGUGUAGCGCAGCUCAAACAGCGUAUCAAGGAAUUGGAGGAGGUACGAUUGGAACUAUUGAUGAAGCGAAAGGCGGCGCAGAUGCGGGAGAACCAAUUGCUGCACACCAUUGAACAGGAGAACAAUGCCCGCAGCAAGGUCCAGCAAGAUGAAUUGGGGUACUUCCGUCGAUCCAACCGCCAGUUGGCGCAGCGUAUUAAAACCGAGACAGAGCGCACAAAUGCACAGGGAGUGGUUAUUCCCGCCGUUCUACUGGACGGUGAGGUAACACAGAUUAAACCUCCAGUGACCACGUAA